AUGCUCUUCGGCCGUAAUCAGAAUAGACCAAGUCGGAUGGUCCCCUCAAAAUACGACUCCUUGUUUGCUAAUAUCCGUGGCUUGUCGCUUUGUUUUUCGUGUGUGCAUCGGCCCUAAUCGCGAUAGGGGAAGUAAAAAUGUUUUGUAAAUAAAAAAUAUACCGAACAAAAGGUAAAUUAACGGUGGCAGAGUGCAGCCCACUCGGGCCAAUAACAGAGGAAAACAAAAAAACGACAAUUGCUGGGAGAAUUCAAUGUCUUGGGAGUAAUAUCGAGUGUAUAAAUCUUCCUGAUUGAAUUAGUCAUAAGAUGAUAAUAAAUCAUGAGUGCUGUUGUAAAUAUCUAGUGGCUGUCUAUGUCAGGAAGCUCCUGCAGUACUUAUAGCAAUGGAGUUGUGACAGUGGCGUGAAAAUGGCGAUUUUGUAGAGAAUGGCAGGAAGACGUUCGGGUUUGGUGAAUGCUGAUUCCCUCGUUGGUUCUGUUGCUGAAGAUCCAUUGAGGGAAUUAUUCGAGGCAUGUAAAAAUGGCGAUUUAGCGAAAGUCAAGAAAUUAGUUAAUCCCAAGACUGUUAAUGCGAGGGACACGGCUGGACGAAAGUCAACUCCUCUUCACUUCGCAGCUGGAUAUGGUAGGAGGGAGCUGGUGGAGUUUCUACUGUCAGCAGGUGCCUCCAUUCAAGCUAGAGACGAUGGAGGUCUUCAUCCACUCCACAAUGCCUGUUCAUUUGGGCAUUCCGAUGUUGUUAGAUUGCUCCUAGAAGCUGGAGCUAAUCCCAACACGAGGGAUAAUUGGAAUUAUACGCCACUGCAUGAAGCAGCCAUCAAGGGUAAAAUAGACGUGUGUAUAGCCCUCCUCCAGCACGGGGCAGACCCAAACAUCCGCAACACGGAGGGGAAAACAGCCCUUGAACUAGCUGAACCCGUAACAAAACCAGUAUUAACCGGGGAGUACCGGAAGGACGAGCUACUCGAGGCAGCUCGUUCAGGUAAUGAGGAGAAGCUUCUCCAGCUUCUGAAUCCCCUCAACGUCAACUGUCACGCGAGUGAUGGACGUCGUUCAACGCCUCUACACCUCGCAGCGGGUUACAAUCGAGCCCGAGUCGUCCAAAUUCUCCUCCAACACGGAGCAGACGUUCAUGCAAAGGAUAAAGGUGGUCUAGUCCCUCUGCAUAACGCAUGUUCCUACGGACAUUUCGAGGUGAGUGAGGCCCUCCUGAAGCACGGUGCAGCAGUGAAUGCAAGUGAUCUCUGGGCAUUUACACCCCUGCACGAGGGUGCGAGUAAAUCACGCGCCGAAGUCUGCUCUUUGCUCCUUUCCGAAGGUGCUGAUCCAACGCAACUCAAUUGUCACAGUAAAUCAGCAAUUGAUGUUGCACCAACAGCAGAGCUACAAGAGCGUUUAGCCUAUGAGUACAAAGGUCACUGCCUCCUAGACGCUUGCAGACAGGCAGAUUUAGUAAAGCUAAAGAAAUAUUUAUCAGCUGAUGUUGUCAACUUCAAGCAUCCCUAUACUGGUGAUACACCACUUCACUGCGCUGUUGCAUCACCGUAUCCCAAACGAAAGCAAAUAAUCGAGGCAUUGAUACGUAAAAAUGGAUCUUUGAAUGAAAAAAACAAAGAUUUUCUCACACCCCUUCACGUCGCAACUGAUCACUCGUAUUACGACGCCAUGGACGUUCUCCUGAGGCACAAUGCUCGGGUGAAUGCCCUGGAUGGACUAGGACAAACAGCACUUCAUCGCUGUGCAAGGGAUGACAACGUUCAGGCGGUCAGGAUUUUACUGUCCUACAACGUCGAUCCAACGAUAGUCUCCCUCCAGGGUUACACUGCGACUCAAGUUGCCACUGAAAAUGUCCUCAAGAUUCUUCAAAAUCCACCCAGUUGUACGGAAGACGUCGAGGUCCAGCUGCUGGAGGCCAGCAAGUCUGGGGAUCUGACAGCUGUUGAGAGAAUUCUUCAGGCAAAUCCACACGCUGUCAACUGCAGGGAUCUAGACGGUAGACACUCGACUCCUCUGCACUUUGCAGCGGGUUAUAAUCGAGUACCAGUUGUUGAAUAUCUUCUGGCAAAUGGUGCUGAUGUCCAUGCCAAGGACAAAGGUGGAUUGGUACCUCUGCACAAUGCUUGCUCUUAUGGACAUUACGAGGUUACGGAAUUGUUGGUGAAGCAUGGAGCAUCAGUGAAUGUCGCUGAUCUUUGGAGAUUUACACCGCUGCACGAGGCGGCGGCUAAGGGUAAAUGUGAGAUUGUUAGAUUGCUGUUGAGACAUGGAGCUGAUGCAUCGAAGAAGAAUAGGGAUGGUGCAACUCCAUUGGAUCUUGUGAGAGAAGGUGAUCAAGAUGUGGCGGAUUUGUUGAGGGGUAACAGCGCCCUUCUGGAUGCUGCUAAGAAGGGAAAUUUAGCGAGGGUCCAGAGACUGGUUACUCAGGAUAAUAUUAACUGUCGGGAUGCACAGGGAAGAAAUAGUACACCACUUCAUCUAGCUGCUGGGUACAAUAAUCUCGAAGUUGCGGAAUAUUUGCUGGAACGAGGGGCUGAUGUUAAUGCUCAGGACAAGGGUGGAUUAAUUCCACUUCAUAAUGCCUCCAGUUAUGGACAUUUGGAUAUCGCUGCUUUGUUAAUUAAAUAUAAUACUGUUGUCAACGCCACUGACAAAUGGGGAUUUACCCCACUUCAUGAAGCUGCCCAGAAGGGAAGGACUCAGUUGUGUGCACUCCUUCUGGCCCAUGGGGCUGAUCCAUUUCUCAAAAAUCAGGAGGGACAGAGUCCUGUCGAUCUUGCCAGUGCUGAGGAUGUUAGAUGUCUCUUGCAGGAUGCUAUGGCUUCUCAGCAAGUUGUUUCUUCAGUUCCAGCCGCUUCUGGAAUUAAUUCCAAUGGAAAUACAUCCAGUGGGAAUAGACCUUCUAGUAUUGUCUCAGUUGCUGUUACACCACCACCUAGUUUGACACAGGAGACUGUUAUUAUGCCAUCGGGGGCGCAGAUGAUGCUCUGUGUACCGGUUGCCAGGCCCACUGCCUGUCUCAGUCCCAUGCCAGCUAUUGAAAACUGCCAGGAGAGGGAGAAAGAUGGAUGUGAGGACAGGAGUUGUGCUCCUAUUACAACGGUCAGCGGAUUCUUGGGGAGUCUGGGACUUGAACAUUUGCUGGAGCUCUUUGAGAGGGAGCACAUCACCCUGGAUAUUCUUGCUGAGAUGGGGCAUGAGGACCUGAAGCAAGUUGGCAUAUCUGCUUAUGGGUACAGGCACAAGUUGAUCAAGGGAAUGGAUAAAUUACUGAAUUCAGCGGUCGGGUCUAUCUGGCAACCGUCUAUCAAUCCUGGAACCCUGUUGGUUGAUUUAUUGGCCGAUGAUAAGGAGUAUCUUGCUGUCGAGGAGGAGAUGCAGAGCACUGUCAGGGAACACAGAGACAAUGGACACUCUGGGGGCAUCUUUGGGCGAUACAAUAUUGUCAGGAUACAAAAAGUCCAGAAUAGGAAAUUGUGGGAGCGUUACGCUCAUCGUCGACAAGAGGUGGCUGAGGAGAUGGUAGCUGCUGGCCUCUCAUCUCCCAAUACCGUACCCAGACCAAACUCUACGUUAACCACCCCACAGGCAAACGAACGAAUGCUUUUCCAUGGCUCCUCCUUUAUCAAUGCUAUUGUUCAGAAAGGCUUCGAUGAAAGACAUGCUUACAUCGGUGGUAUGUUUGGAGCAGGAAUUUAUUUUGCUGAGCACAGCAGCAAGAGUAAUCAGUAUGUCUAUGGAAUUUGCGGUGGUACAGGGUGUCCUGCACACAAGGACCGCAGCUGUUAUAUUUGUCACAGGCACUUGUUGCUGUGUCGAGUGACUCUUGGUAAAUCAUUCCUGCAAUUUUCAGCAAUGAAAAUGGCGCAUGCACCACCUGGUCAUCACAGUGUCAUGGGUAGGCCCUCUCAAGGUGGCCUAGUAUUUCCCGAAUACGUUGUUUAUCGUGGAGAACAAGCUUAUCCUGAGUAUUUAAUAACUUAUCAAAUUGUGAGACCCCAACAGGAGCCUGGUAGCAGUGGUGAGGGAAGUGAGGAGCGGUGAUUGGAAGAUUUGGGCCCUGCGGCAAGACUGCGACGAUUGUGCUGCUGUCAAAGGCCGAGAGCCUGCAGUAGAUUGUCAUGAAAUGACAGUCUGAUUUUAUGAACUUAUUAAUCAGUCGUCAAAUAGUGAAACAAAAAAAAAUCGAGAACGAGUAAACUGCGAUUCUAUGGCAAAUAUUUUUUAAAAGACAGGCUCAAAUGGAAAAGUGUUCAAUCUUUCGUUUUUGGAUUUUUUACAAUGAACGUCAAGGGAAUGAUUUUUUCUCGAGACUUUAUUGUUCUCAAAAUGCAUCGAAAUCGUAUGGGACAUUCUCUGGGGGUUCGUGGAGUUUUCAAAUUUAUAGCCUCGGAUUUGGCUGAUCGUAACGUAAAAUAAUCAUCGGAUUAAUUAUUAGAAAAAACUUAGUGGCAUCGGAAACAAUCACAUCAAGUGAUUGCCGAAACCACAAUAUUUAAGGCCUCACUAGUUCAUGUGGAAUGUCUCAUGCACAUUAAUUUUUUGUUCUCUCACAGUUGAGUAUUUAUUGCAGGUUCACUGUGAAUAAAUAAAGUAAAAAUACGGAGGA